CCCUUUUACCUAGGGUGGGCGUGGUCUUUUGUCAAGGUGCACGUUGGUGAGAAAAUCCAAACAAAGCUGUGAAAAAACAAGGCAUUUACUCACUGCGUCCAUGAAAUGAUCUGGGAAGCCUAACUUACACUAGCGUGAGCUAGCUUGAUACGUCCAACCCAUCCUCUGAUAGGCUCAGCCCCCUCUCUCUGGAGGGACACGCCUCCCUCGAAUCAUCAUCUGUUGACGAGGAGGACGAGGAGGAGAUGCCACUCAGGAUACCGAGGCUGCGACUGUUCCAUCGCAAGUCCAAGAGUGGCUCUGAAGCUAAGGCCAACACUGCUGAUAGUGCCAGUGUGGGCUCACUGGCUAGCCAAGACUCUUGGACCCAACAAGAGAGUGAGGCUAAUGGUGGUUAUGUGGUAAUCAAACUGAAGGAUCUCUCCAAGCUGCACAAAGCGGUGUGGAAGGAUGACCUGCCCAAGGUGACCUCUGCACUCUCCGGCCUCAAGAAGCCGAUGUAUGUGGACUACUAUGACAAGGAGGGACGGACUGCACUCCACUUUGCGUGUGCGCGUGGGCGUGUGGACAUUGUGAGGGCAGUGUGUGAUGCGGGGGCGGACCCUAACAUAACUGACAACCAAGGAGCUGCUCCUCUGCACAAGCUGAUAGAGAGUGGGUGCAGUGAUGCUGUGAGCAUUGUCCUGGCUAGUGGAGCUGACCCUAACCUAGCUGACAACCUUGGCCGCACCCCCCUCCACCUGGCUGCCAAGUGUGGAGACACUGAGGCUCUCAGACAACUCAUCAGCAAGGGAGCUAGGAUUGAUGUCAUUGAGAAGUGCGGCCUGACCCCCCUCCACAUCUCCACCCUCAAUGGCCACCAUGAAGCUGUCUCCACUCUCAUCCAACAAGGAGCCAACCUCGACUACCAGGACUCUCAGGGACGGAGUGCUCUGAUGACUGCCUGUGUUGAGGGACGAGGUCAGCUAGUGUCCCUACUCAUGGAGGGUGGGGCUAACCACACCCACAAGGACAACGAGGGACUCACUGCACACACACUAGCAAUGUCUGCACAGCAGUACCACUGUGCUGAUAUUCUGGAACCACCGCCACCUCGACCGAUAAAACAAACCUCUUUUAUCAACAACAACCUUCUCUCCUCUGUCUACGUUCCCACGGAGAUGGGGCUCGGAGGCCCAGCGACCAAUCAGAUCGCAGACGAGAGUGUGAGUGAAGAUCACUCGUCUCCACCACGCGGUGAAGAUUCGUGGGCGGCCACGGAUACUGAGGAUGAUCUCGCGUCACCACAGAACAUGGUGAAGGUCAACUUGAGAGCUGCCCUCAGUCUCAAGCUCCCCCAGACCCCCCACACUGAGACAGCAGCCCUCAGUCUCAAGCUCCCCCAGACCCCCCACACUGAGACAGCAGCCCUCAGUCUCAAGCUCCCCCAGACCCCCCACACUGAGACAGUUGUAGCUCCAUCCACGACUGGUCCCAAAGCUGUCAAUCUCGUCCUCGAAGGGUCCAAAGGUCAAAUCACACCCACCAACGACCCCGCCGCUCACUACCAACUGAGCACACAGGACGCCACGCCCCCAGAGGAUAAUGAAGCCGCACCCCCAAACAAUGACGAGGUCAGCGAUAGUUCACAAUCUAUCAACUGGGAUUCAGACGUAGAUGACAACUUUGAUCUUACCCCUAAUACGAGCCAUGUGGAAAUUCCAGAGGUCGCUGAAACCACACCCACAAUGGGCGGAGUCCCUCGUGAUAGCAGGGAGGGUAUGCUAACAGUAGAUGAGGAGAUUUCCGAGUCUGAAUCAAAUUUCAAUUCUGAGGACGAUGCUGUUGAUUUUGGAGGCUAUGUACCAAGUGAACCUGAACAAACGCCCACACGCAGUGACCUCUUGAGACGUGGCCUCUCAGACAGUGUGAUGAGUAAGGCUGUGACCCUUGAACGAACGCCCGCACGUAUUGAUCUCUCGGGCAGUGUAAGGAGUGAGGCUGUGAGGGCUGUGACCCCAGAUAGGACUGAUACUUUCAUCGUUAGUCCCCUUUCUUCGAGCCAAUUUACGUCUGAUUUCCUGUCACCUGAUAACUCUGGUCCUGUCCGUCCAAUCACGGCUGGCCGUAGACAGGAAGUGGGUGUGGUCAGUGGUGACGCCCACGAUACAUUCUCAUUGGACAGUGACGAGGAGGGAAUUGAGCGUUUGCUGCAAGAAGUGGUUAAUCUGAGCAAGCCAGCUGAAGAGACAGUUGUAGCUUCAUCCACGACUGGCCCCAAACCUGACGAUCUCGUCCUUGAAGGGUCCAAAAGUCAAACCACACCCACCAACGACCACCAACUGAGCGAGGCCAGCGAUAGUUCCCAGUCCAUCACCUGGGAUUCUGAUGUAGACAACAACUUUGACCUUCCUGAUCUUACCCCUAAUGCAAGCCACGUGGCAAUCCCAGAGGUCACUGAAACCACACCCAUCCAGUCGGCUAAGACCACACCCACAAUGGGCGGUGUCUCUCGUGGUAGCAGUAUGGAGGGUUUACUAACAGUCGAUGAGGAGAUUUCCGGAUCUAAUUAUGAUGAUAUGGACUAUGUGGAAGAUGUGGUUGACUUUGGAGGCCAUGUGCUGACCUCACCGCCCACACAUAGUGACCUCUCGUGCAGUGUGAGGAGUGAGGGUGUGAGGGAUGUGACCCCGGAUAAGAACAAUGUUGUUAGCCCCCUAUCUAAAUCUGCGGGGAUGUACGACCUGAGGCAGCCCUCAGAGGAGAUUGAGGAACAUGAUCCAACUAAUGAGUACGAUGACUCAGACUGGGAGGACCUCGAUGAGGAGGCAACAGACGACGAAAGUGAAGAUGACGAACCAACUUCAAUCUCUGCCCUCGACUCUAUGAAUGGAGCUGCCCUCUAUGACCCCGUACUCUCACCUCAGAGGUCAAAGGUCAACAAACAGUUGGAGGAAGUAAAGAAGGAAGUUGUUGAGACCACACCCACUCCCAUGGCCGAUGAUGAUGACACACAUGUUGGUGAUUAUGAGGAGAGUGAUGGGAACUUCGACAGUGACAGUGAGGAGGAUGAUCAUGACAACCUGUUGCCAGCGGAUCCCCCAUCCGUACAAUCUCCGCUCAGAGACUCCUCCCACACUUUACAAGGCUCCUCAUCAUCGUCACUACGUAACCUCCCACCCCUCACCAUCAGCUCGCGGCUAAACCCCCCUCCACUACCCCCCCUGAAGCUGGAGGGUGCUAACGAGCAGGAACAACCACUCAGCCCCCUCAAACUUGGGCCAACUACUAACGAACAGGGACACUCCCCCAAACUCAGCGAAGUGUCAAGUUUCGAAAGCGAAAUGGAAAGCGAAUGGGAGAGAGAAAAGAAGGAAAAAAGGAGUCUCUCAUUGUCCAAUCGGCUUGACUCUGGUCUAGAUACCAUGACAACCACGUCUACGGAUGAUUCGCUCAACAAAAGAGUGCCAAGUACGAGCGUUGAUUUGAAGAUAGCUAAGAACAAGAGCAGCUCCGUCGACCCUUGCAUCAGCUCCAGUGUGGACGACAAAUCAUAUUCGAUGAUUGAUUCCAUUCCGUCUGAUAAACCAAUACGACCUUUGACCUCACCUCCAUCUCGUACAAUCGGGCGUUUGUCACCUCUAAGGCUUCAUGGUGGGCGUGGCUCUUUGAGCAACACGGGGCUCAAUGUCAUACAAGUGCCGACCAUGUGGUCAGAGAAGAUGCUGAUCAAGUCAGCUCCUAGUCUAUCAGUGGAGAAAGAGGGGACCCCUGUGAUAAGGGUCGCUAACGAGCCAGUUAGUGAAGAGGCCCCUGUCGUUACAGCUGCUAACGAGGAAGUACCUCCAGCUAACAAGCCUACAAAAGAGGAAACCCCUGUGAUUACCCUCACUAACGAGGAAGCCCCUGUGAUGGCCCCCACUAACGAAGAAGCCCCUGUGAUUGCCCCCACUAACAAGAUACCUCCUCAACCAAGCAACGAGUCCAUAUCAGAAAUGCUGAGUGAAGUCAGUGAAGACAUGGACUAUGACGAUGAUGACAAGAGUGUGGACUUUUCAAACACUAACAUACCACAUGUUGAAGGAACGACACAGUUUCUAAUAGAGCCGGCUCUUGAAGCCACACCCCCUCUGAAACCACACCCCUUAACGGAGCCGACAGCUGAGGAGGAGGUCAAAUUGAAGCCCAAUAAAUUGACUGUUGCGACAUCAUUGUCUAAAACGCAUACUCCCUCGAAAACAACCCCCGGGCCAAAUAUAGAGGUACCACAAACUGUAUCACCUGAGAAAGCCACACCCACUACAAGUAGUCCCAGGGUCGCUAAAGGUCAAAGUGCAUUGGAGUUACGACCUUUAUUCGAAGAAUAUCCAAUUGAUAGCGAGGAUAACAAUAUGUCCCUAGCAACUGGCCACACCUACCAGCCGCCCCCUGGUUACCCCCUCACAGUGUCACAGCUCCAGGCUGCCCCCGGGUACACAUCCCUCAUCCCAAUGGAGAGAGUGGGCGGCAUUGUCCCAGAGCUAUCUAUGUCUGAGUUGAGUGUUUCCGGCCUUGACAACCAGAGCUCUCAAGAGAUGCUGUCCCAGUCCAGCAAGAUGUCCGAUGACCUUCCACUGAGUCACUUGUUGAGACUCAACCAAUCGCUCCGAUCCUCCCAAGGGGGUGUGGCCUCAUUGUUAGACUCCGCCCACACCAUACAGCUGGAGGAGAGCUUGAGAGGAGCCACACACGAUCUGGAGCGCUCUAAGAACGAGGCACUGGCCGGUGAGAGAAUGCGACAUCAGUUAGAGUCACAUCUGGACCACUGUCAGAAGAAGUAUAACACUGCCAUUAGCUCUAAGAUGAACCUGGAGACUGUCAAGCUGGAUCUAGAGCUACAGGUUCGUGAGCUCAAGUACCAGUUGGACCAAUCACGAGAGAGUGUUAGAUCACAUGAUAGCAUAUGUACGCAGCUACGGGAGCAGCUGGAUCGUAUGGAGUUACGUGUAUCCAAGGAGAUAGAAACACGACAGAGCACUGAGCUCAAGUGUAGGGAGAUGGAGUUAGCUCAUCGCAGUCUCCGUAUUGCCAACCAGACACUGGAGGAGGAGCUGGUGGAGAGGGAGUCACAGUUACAGGGUGAGAGAGAGGCCAAGAGUCUAGUGGAGGGGUUGUACACGGAGCAGAGUAGACUAUACGAGGCCUUGAGGGAAGAGUCUCAUAGAGUUGGUGACAUCAAGAGUCAGCUAGCCGGGAGACUGGAGCAGACUGACAAAACCAAGCAAGACCUCCAGGAUCAAGUGUCAGAACUAACCAAGACCACCACCCAGCUCACCUCACAGCUAACUUCAGAGAAAACACAGGCAGAUGAGGUCAAAGGUCAACUGGAGACAGCGAGGGCGGAGCUAGCUCUCAAGAUAGAGGGUGUGGCACGUGCUGAUGACAGCCUUGUGGAGGUGGGCGCUCAAUUUGAGGCAUCCGUUAGAGAAAUGAAUGAGAAAGCUGAUUUCCUAUCGUCUGCUCUCGACAAGGAGGCAGAGCUUCGGAGCCACGCACAGGAAGAGGCCUCGUCCCUCAAGACCAGACUAGACUCCACACUGGCUGAGCUGAGCACUGCUCAUGCACAGAGCAAGGAGAGAGAAGAAGCGCUGAGUCAGCAGAUACAAGGAUUCAAGCAAGAGAUGAUCCUCAAACAAAAAGACCUUGAUAUGUCAAGAAAUUUGCACAGUCAGCAGUCUUCCAAGACAGAAGCCCUUGAGGCUAAACUACAAGACGCUGAAAAGGAGGUUAAAGUACAGAACACCCUCCUCUUUGAGCGAGCCAAUCAGAUUGCAGCGCUGCAACGUGACGUGGAUCACGGACAGUCACGAAUGACAUCACUCGAGGAAACCGUACAAGAUCGAACAGAACGCCAUUCAUCACUCGAAUUGCGAUUAGCGGCAGCCAAUGAGAAGAUAGCGUCACUGCAAUCAGGGGGCGUGGCACUUCGUCAACAAGUUGAGUACGCUCAGCGAAGAGUGGAGGAAAAAGAACGAAACGAAGCGCUGAGUCAGCAAAGAUUCGACACUCUUUUGAGCACGCUGCGAACAGAAUAUGAAAAGUCAAAGGUCACCCUCGAGGAGCGCUGUAGCACCCUAAUUGAGAGUGUUAGUUCACUGAGGGUGGAAGUGGUUCGUAGAGAUGAGAAAAUGGCCGCCAUUGAGAGGGAGAAAGAAGAACUCAAUAAACAGAUGUCCCGAGCCAACUUGUCGUGUGCUGAUGUGCAGGAGCGACUGACCAGCACUGAGGUGUCCUACACACAGCUGGAGGCAGAAAAGAACGACUUGAAGCAGGUUGCCGAGCAACUCGAAGCCAAGAUUGGCGAGGUGACCUCUGACCUCGUUGCCAAGAUGCACGAGGCGUCACUACUGGAGGAGACCGUGGGCGGGCUGCACACUACCAUCACAGAGGCACACGAGACAACACGUGUUGCACUUGACGAAAAGCAAUCAGCCUUCGAACAAAAAUCUCAAAUCGAGGCCCAAAUCCAAGAAGCCUACAAGAAGGUGUCCAGUCUCGAAGCAGAACUGGAAUCAAACAUUAAACUCCAAAAUAGCAUGGAAUCGAAAAUUUCCCAUCUUCAAGAAAUACGCUCCACUAUGCAAACUCAUUUGUCCGAGACCCAGACGGAACUGAAUCAGACUCAAAUGGAGUUGGAAUCUGUUAAGUCAGUACGUGAUAAAGCACUGGCAGAGGCUGAGGAGGCACGCUAUUUGUGGGAGGGAGAAGUGAGGUCAAAGUCCAAACUAGGUGUCAAACUGAUGGAGAUGGAGAAGGGUCAAUCUGGCGCUAGCGGACUAGUGGAUGCUGAGAAGCGUCGCACUAAGAAAGCCCUGGAGCUAAAGAAAGGGGCUGAAUGGAAACUAGAGGUAGUGCAGAGAGAAGCCAACCAACUGACCUCCCAGGUGGCCACUGCACGCGCUCAACUCAAGCAGGCAAAGAAACGAACACAAGCACUAGAGCUGAACCAAUCCCAGGUGCCAGAGCUGAGAGCUGACUAUGAUAGAGAGACCACCAUCCUGCGCCGGGAGAUGGAUGGGCUGCAAUCGAUGGUGACCUCCACUCAGGCACAUUGCCAGAGAGAGGUGGAGAAGAGACACAGAGCAGAGCAAAGCACCAGUCAAGUCAGACACGAGCUGGAGGAGCUAAGGACCCAGCUGACCCUCGGCAAGUCAGAGAGCCAAUCAAAACGCAAAGAGUUGCUCAAAUCAGAGAGCAAAAACCAUCGACUAAAAGAAGAAUUGAGAGCUCUACAAAAUCAUGUGACCAGUCAAAUGGUCAGCAAAGCAGAGCUUGAGAAAUAUAAGAAAGUGGUGGAGGAAAAGGCCCACCGUGAGCUUAGCCAUAAGCUAGAGGAGGUGAAUCGUCACCUGGAGCAACAGUCACAGGCACAGGACACUCUCGUCCGACUCAGACUGAGCUCAGAGAAUGAUCAGAGGGACAAGCUUGACAGGUCUGCUAAUGAAAUGCAGUUUCAGUUGGGGAAAGUCGAGUCAGACAAGCAGAUAGCUGUGUCCGAGGCAGGGAGAUAUAAGGAACUAUAUCAAACAGAGCUCACAAAAUCAGCUAACCUCGGCUCGCUGCUUCAAAGAGCCAAGGACACCAGUGUCGACUACCAGAACAAGCUGAGCUUGGAAAGACACAGAACUCAGAAGUUAAUGGAUGCCACGGUCGUGGGUAGCCUCACACCUCCACUCCUCACACGCUACACAGAGCCACACCCACACAGCUCCACUCCUCACAGGCUCACACCCCCACUCUCCGCAAACAUUGAUUUGUCACCAACCAACAGUCUCCUCAGUACAGUGAGGUCAAAGCUGGACGAGUCCAUAGCCCGCCAUAAAAACAGAGUACUCCCUACUACUACUAUCGGCACGGCAACCCGAAGCACUUAUACGCCCCGUAAAACAUCCCUGGAUAGCCUUCCCUUAUCAAAACAGGCUCACCUGGAUGCCAUCAAAAGACAUUACCGGAUUUGAACUUUUGAAACAAUUUGAACUGAAUUUACGAAACCCGAACAAAUAAUUACGAUCAUGUAAUACAUACUUGUUUCUAAUUGCGACAAGAUUCCGUUCAUUUUAACAUCAUGUUUGUCACUUUGUCUAUCCUCUGGUCAGCCCAUGUGUCCUCACAUGUCCUCACCAUGCAUUACUACUAGCUAGCAGCAUUGUCACUUUUAGCAUUAUCACAAUGGUAGUCAUCAGUGUCUUGUGUACGUAGCUACCGGACAUUUUCACCCCAUCCUUCCAUGUUCAUUAUGAAUGAAUUAUAAAUGUUGG